GCAAACUGCCUUCCUGGAGGAUUCAAGUCAUAGAUCUUACCCCGUACUGAGCUAAAAUGAACGAUUCAAAGUCUAGAAUUCAAGGAGGAGCGGUGAGGUUCGGUGCCACAUAUUCCGGCAACCGAAUCUUCUCUGGCAGCCGGACUGGAGGAGGAGGAGGUGCUGCUGCCUUUGGGGUCUCAAGAGCAUUAGGGGCUGGAGCGGGAGCAGGAUCUGGACUUGGCCUCAGAGGAGGCCUUGCCCUUGGUGGAAUGGGUGGUGGCUUUGGUUUUGGAGGAUUAGGUCUGGGAGCAGGGGGUCUUGGCCUUGGCAUUGGAUUGGGAUCAGCAGGUGCCCUUAGUGGCCGAAUGGCUAGUAUGAGAGCAGGAAUUGCCCCACUGAAGGCUCGUCUUGGAGGGCGUAGUUUUAAAAUAGGCAGCUACGGCUUUUCUCCAUCUUUUCUUGUCACUUCAAGAACAGUCGAGACAGGAAUCUCCGACAUCCCUUCCAUAGACCCCUCUUUGCCAUCUGUGGAUGCAGUCCAAGUUACUCGGCUGAAAGAGAAAGAGGAGCUGCAGUUUCUGAAUGAUAAGCUUGCAUCUUUUAUUGACAAGGUCCGAAACUUAGAACAACAGAAUGCCAUCCUUAAGGCUCAGAUCACAAUGUUCACCAACCCUGAGCAGGCAGGAGCAGGCAACUCCACCAUAAUUGUGACAUCAGCCAUUGGAGCCUUCAAAGGACAGAUUGACAACCUGACAGCCACAAAGGAGGCAAUGGCUGCUGAGAUCAAUCACUUAAAGGGAGUGAUUGAAGAUGUCCAAGCCAAGUAUGAAGAAGAGACCUCUGCUACUAAGACUCUGGAGGCUGAAUGGACAACACUGAAGGAGGAAGUGGACACUCUGUACCUUACAAUUUUUGAACUUCAAACUAAAAUAACAGGCAUUGAAGAUCAGAUUGUUCUUUCCAAGCAGUUAUACGACUCUAAAGUCAAGGAAGUUAGAAGUAUUGUAACUGGAGGUAUGAAGGCUGCAUUCUCCAUCUCAGUCGAUAAUGCCGCCCAGGCUUUGGACCUAACAACAGCUUUGAGUGACGUAAAGGCUCAUUAUGAGGCCUUAGCAGAGCGAAGCAAGCAGGAGUCCUUCACAGCCGUGCAAAACAAGAUCACAAUGGCAUCAGGAGCUUCACGGCCUAACGUUCAAGCCCUCACUUCAAUAAAAGAAGAACUCCGACUUUACAAGCUGCAGAUUGACUCCAUCCAACGAGAGAUUGAUCGAGUGAAGAAUGCGAACUUGCAGUUGGAGUCUCAAGUAUCAGAUGCAGAGGUAAAUGCAAACAGCCACACUGACCAGUAUCAAGAUCAAGUAAACACACUGAAAGCACAACUGGAUGAUCUCAGAAAACAAAUUGCUCACUAUGGGCAAGAAUACCAGGAGCUGCUGGCUAGCAAGAUGGCACUGGAAGUGGAGAUCACAGCAUACAAAAAGCUUUUGGACAGUGAGGAUGCCAGGCUGAACUCUGGUGGUGGAAUUACAGUUCAUAUGUCUAAGACCACUGUUAGUGGAGGUGGAGGAGCAGGGGCCGGAGCUGGUCUUGGAGGAGGACUCGGCCUGGGCUUAGGAAUUGGAGGAGGUCUUGGAGGAGGCCUUGGAAGUGGCCUUGGAAGUGGCCUUGGAAGUGGCCUAAGUGGAGGCCUGGGAAGUGGUCUUGCUCUUAGUCUAGGUGGAGGUAGCUUCGGAAUGGGUGGUGGAGGCGGCAGCAGCAGCAGCAGCACUUUCACUUCCAGCCUUAAUGCCAGCUCUCUUUCAUCCUCCGCAGUCUACUGAAAAAUACCUGAAAUCAAGCAAACUGAGAGAACUUUUAAAUCAUCUACUUUUCCCACUGACUCGAUGACCUCAUUUCUGGCAAGCAGUGCAAAAUGGGACAAUGGCCUAAAUGGAAAUGCUCUCUUCCUUUGUGGAGUAAACUUCUAGUCAUCCUGCCUUUACAAAAAAAAUAAAAAUAAAUGGGAUUAUUCUCAUACAUAAGUCACAUUUAGCUAUGAAAGCAUCUGUACUCAAAAAGAUUUUUUUUUCCUGUCGAUGCUUUCUGAUGAGUGUUUCUGCAUUUGUCUCCCUUUCUGAUGUUUCUGCUUUUGUCAAAACCCCUGAGCAGUGAGAAGAAUACCAGACAGCUCAAAAUGUCGGCUCCAUAAAAGUAACGCAUUUGAUUUUAAAACAGGACUCAUUUCUAAUACAAGCUUGUUAACAUCAAAUAGCAUGUCAUUGUUCAAUAAAUUACAGAAAAAUUAAGAAGCUGCAUUCAUGCUCACAAUACUGGCUGUAAGCUCCGUGUUCAAACAUCAACGUGAUAAACAGAAUGGUCUGAGGUCACUUUUUUUUUUUUUUUAUGAGAGAAAUCUAUGUGGAGAGUAAUGUGAAAAAAAAUCCCACUCUAGGACUUGACCCGGAAAGAAGAGUUCAGAAUGUAAGGAGUUGAAUCCAGUGUGACUGUGUCCAGUGUUUUGUGAUGCACAAUAAAUACACACCAUUGCUCACCCUUA